AUUGAAAACUACAGCAAUCAGCUGCUUCCGGUUAUUUUUCUCAAUGAUAUAUCUAAUCUAUUGUUACAAUACACAAAACAAAGCACUUAUUUUGUGUAGUAUUAGUUUAAGCGUUGUGUCAUCUCCCAUAAACAUGAAAAUCCUGCAUUUGAAAAUAAGUAGAUGAAUAUGACAAAUCCUGACAUCGGUGCCUACGCCAACAAUAACUACGUUCCAGACAUUGGCCAAUACGGUCAAAGACCUGACAUCGUCAAUUACACCUCAAUGCAGAAUAACGUUGGACCAUGCAACUAUCCUGGAAAUUUCACAUUUGCUGUUCCUACAUCAGCAAGUCAGCUAAAUGCAGGUUUACAAUCAAACCAGCACAUAGGACUUUACUCCAGCACUUACAUGAACCCUCAGCAAGUGGUGCCAGGAAUGGGUGUGUCGUGGCAGCAUUCUGUCCCUAACAAUAUGCCAUGGACUGAUCAAGUGUAUGGUACAGUGAAUUCAGGUGUCACAACUUUCUCAGGCAAACCCACAGUUUCACAGAGUUACAGCACAGUGACAAGUCCAAGAGCAUCAUGCAGUGUCUCACCAAGGAGAAAUAAACGACAUGCAGUGGAAGAUAUUGAACCAAUUGCACCAGAAAACAAAAUUUUUCUGACAGAAGAAAAAAUGGCAGCUAGGAUGCAAAAUUUGAAUAUAAGCCCGAUGAACUCCUCUGCAGCCCUUGGACAACCUCUGCCUGAUGUUGUGUUGUCCAACAACAUGGAGCCACAGUAUUGUCAGGAAGCAGGGGAUCUCCAGCGUCUGAAAGAACUCGAAAAGAGACUGGAAGAAGAUGUAUCGGAGAGCAUGGACAGGGAGAAGUCUGGAAAAGAAAAAGGGAAGCCAAGGCUGAGGAUAAAACUAAACCUACCUGAUCAGGUCACGGCAGGCCUAUUUGACCCACAACCAAUUUUGCCACAAAAAAUUUUAGAGGAUAUAAACAAACCAAAUUUGCAAGUGGUUGUGUGGAAGCCUCCUUUAGGUAGACCUGCAGACUCUGAGAGUGAGGAGUUAAAAGACCAGGAAAACUCCUCAGACAAAGAGGAAGAGGAAACAGCACCUGUUAUAGAAAUGUUAGCGGAGGACAACAACUUGUCCUCAUCACUACCAUUACCAAGGAUACCUUCAGAAGACAUUAUGGAUAUUGAUAUCAUGGAUACCGAUUAACCAAGGUCAAAUGUUGAGAUUUGUUGUAACAUACAUUGGAUAGGAAGUGUCGGUUGAUGAAUGAAUGUAUAGUUUAACAUUGUAGUGAGGUGAAUAUAAGAUCGUGCAAAUUAGUUAUCUGAUGAAUAAAUGGUCACCUUUAAAAUCUACCUAAAGGAUCUGUGGUGUCCUGAUUUGGCAGACAGAUAUGUGGUGCAAUGUGGUGGGAUACACUUUUUUAAUUAUCAAACAUUUUCUAGUUGUUCGCAUCAACAGUCUCGAACCAUUACUGUUAUCAUUGUUGUUGUCAGAGGACUAAUCAUGACUUGUAUCAUUACAAAUGAACCUUCAUUACCCUAGUAAUCACACAUCAAACAUUUGUAAAUUUUCAACAUUUUCAGAUGUGCAUACAGUACACAGUUGUUGUCAUGUCUCAAAGACAUGUUGUUUGUAUAAGCUUUCAAAUUGAUUACGAGUUUGUCAAAUUGUCAAAAAGUACCGGCACUCUUUAACCUUUGUGGCUUUAAUUUCUGUUUCGGGCUAGUAUUGUAUUCAUACUGUAUAUACAUGUACCGGGCACAGAUUAUGAGAGGAUUUUGAUUAUCAUUUCAUUGAAUUGUUCAUUCUUAAAUUUUCAUUUCUUUUGUGACAUUUAUUAUAAAUUUUUAUGUUGUGAAAUUACACAAAAAUUCCAGUUGCUCAGGUAUUGCUGAGAAUCACUGCCAAGAAGUGCUUUAAAUGAAUUUAACCAUAAUUACUAAACACAUAUACUAAAUUUUACUUACUAAAAAUGCAUCAUUAUGUAUCAAGUUUUAUUUUAUCAUGCAACAUUGAGAUAUCAAUUUUUGUGCAGGGAUGAAAGAUAUCAUUGUAAGAUUACAAUAUUUUUUAUUUUUUCAACGAUUUCACUUGCAUGUAUUAAUGUACUGAGGUGUUUGGAAAUGUUUGAAAUGCAAUAUAUAUUAGCAAUAAAAUUGCAAAUGAAA